UUACUUAACAUCUACUGCAUGUCUUGCUGUUAUUCGCCGAGUCCUCUGUUUAUGUUCAGAAAUUAAGUGAUUUAAACAAUGUUCAUAAUGUGAUAGUUUGUCAACAAAUGCACAUGUUUCACCGACAUACUUUUUGACAGCUGUAACCGACGAUACCAUUUCCCAACUGUAGGGGGACAAUAAUUAAUGAGAGCCCAGACACUACAUGAGUGUUUGCAGCUGUAAAAUGAAUGUGUACCGGAUUCAAGGGUCUUCGUAACAAAAACUACAUUCAUACGUACACAUAUGACGGGGGUGUGUAGUGUUGUUUUCCUUUGAGUAUGUAUGUUAUACCAGGCGGAACGUCGUCUGUUUUGUUCUCGUGUCGCCUGGUGACAAUUCGCUCGCUGCGCACAGGAAGUGAUCUGUUCGACUGACAAGACGCCAAGGAGGAAAUAACAGUAGUAAUAAAACACUAUAGGACGGUGUUAGUAUGGCUGAAAACUCAAACAAACGCCCACAGAAAGUUUCGGCAGUGGAGCCCGCGGUUAAAAAGAAGCCUAAACGCACACCGGAAGGAAUAAAGUCGAAAAGAGAAAGUGACCGGCGGCGAAGACAAACGCGAGUAACACUUGGUGUAGCUUUCCCUCGCUGGAGAGCACUGAAAGCAGAGUCGGGACUGAGGGCAGACACGGAUUUUGCCUUAUUGCUAAUGGACAGUUAUGAAAGGUACAUGAAGGUCUUAGCCUCCGUGAAGGCCGAGGGUAACCUGCAGGCUCCUCCUCCCCCGUCACAGUCCAGCAAUGGCACGGAAUAUCACAGUAUAACUAUUGACUGGGAGGGUGAAGAUGACAGAGGGGACCCCAUCUCUGAUAUAGAAGUGACGUCAAACCUAGAGGAAGACACAGAAAGCUUGGAUGAAGAAGACUGUGAUACUCCUCCUUGUGUCCCAUCUGACAGUUCCACAAAGACACCUCUCCCAGCUGCAAGCAUGGAGGAGUCUGUGUGUGAUGUUGGAGAGAGUGAGGAACUCCCAAUGACUGACAUCACAUCAGGCCCAGAUUACCAGCUUGUCUUAUGUGAAGAUGACAUUGUUGGUGAAAAAGCCUCCAUAGCAUAUGAGAAAAACCUCCGACAACUUGCAGGCUUUCUCAGAUUCCCGCUGGAAAAGUGCGAAUACAGCGACCCUCUCCUGGGAGUCGAAUGUGACGCUGUUCAACCCUUUGACAUAGUCAUGGAGUCACGGGGAACUGCAUCAACCAUUGAAUGGGUAUGUUCCCGAGGACACAGCCUUUGGAAGUGGAACUCCCAGCCUGUUUUCAAGUUUGGCAUGCAGUCAGGGGACUUCAUGCUGGCCACCAAUAUCCUCCUCUCUGGAAAUGAUUAUGACAAAAUAGCACUUCUGUUCCAGUACAUGAACAUGAACAUAGUGGCUAAGUCCACUUUCACUGCGGUGCAACAUUCAUACUGUGUUAACACCAUCAAGGAGUUCUGGCAGGAGACAAGAUACAAAAAAGUCUACAAUAAGAUGUUAAAAAAGUAUCAGUACAUCAUCAAGAACCACAAAACCUGCACUGACAUCCUCGACCUACAGAGAGCCAUUGUUGGGAAACGCUUCGGGUCAGGGAAGACAGUGCCGAGGAUGAGGAGGAGGAGUUCCUCCAACCCUGAUGAUCCAGAGAGUGAUGGCCUCAUCCCACCAAUGUAGUCACCAACAACACAGGAGCAGCUUCAUAGGCAGGCCCCCAGAGGAGAGCUGUCAUCUUGAAGAAAGAGCUGUGUGGAAGGACUCGAUCUAACUGAACAACACAUCACUUAUCAAUAAGCUUUUUGUAAAUAUUAUAAUAUUAAUAUAAAAUUACUUGUUUAUA